GAGAGUUUAUGGAACAUCGAAAAAGGCAGUUAUACAAGUAUUGUAAAAAAUGAUAUUAGAGUUUGAUACAAGUAUUGUGCCUGUACCCAAACUCUGUUAUGAGAAGAGAUACGAGAGUUAUGUUCAAGCUUGCAUUCUAAUACAGGUAUUGUGAGAAAUGAUUCCGGAGAAGUCGUCCCAGAACGAAAACAAGAAAAGAAUAUGAAAUGUAUUGUCUAUCAGAGUUUUAUCAUAUAACCAGUAACAUGUCGCACCCACCAACAGCAAGAGAAACAUGAAAUGACCGCGUGAGGCUUUUUUUCAUAUGGUGACUAUUUGCACAGAUGAGACUAGAUGUCUUAUCCCGUCUCAAACUAACUCGUGAGUGACGUUAUUUGCUAAAGUCGCAGGUAUAAAUACAGCCUUCCACGAACUCUAAAAGUUCAUACUUCGGAGUCACUUCCACGGAAAACAGUGUGCGCAGCAAGUUGACUUUACAAACGGGCUCUCAAGAAUGGCUAAAGCGCUCCUACUGGUGCUGGCGGCAGCCAGUGCCUUACUGAUGUCAUGCCAGGCGUGGAUAGAUGUGAAAGACAGGAUCAAAGGUAGAGUGAUCCACCUGGAGACCUUGCUCCAGCGAGGGCGAUGGCUCUGGCAGAACGACAACCUAGAUGCUGACGGUUCAAGAUACUUUUUUAUUGACGAGCUCCCCGAACGGGACACUUACUAUCACCCACGGGUGCAAUUCAUGGUAACAGAGUGUAACAGCUAUCUCUGUCUGGAGCCUCUGUCACUUCGGGACUACUACCUGGCGGCAGGAUUCCCCGCUGGUGUGCCGAACAAGUACACAGUGAAACUGCAGCAUUCCGUGUACCCUGCUGGAGAUAUUCGCUUUUUCUGGAAGUUCUUGUGCGAGGACGAGACGUUGGAAAAAUGCAAGGUUGUCCCGAUACGAUUUGAAAGCGAGGGAUGGCUGAUGGUGGCUGAUAAUUGGGGGAAUCCUAAUGGUUAUAAUGGAGGCCAUUACGAUGCUACAUUGGGGAAGGACCUUAGUGACGCCUACUUCCGUAUCCACGCACCCAACCCCACAGAUGGAUACAAUGUAGUCUACAGUAACUCAAACACUGGGACAAGCGAGCAAAGCGCCAGUUACAGCGUGACAAUGGGUGUGUCCAAGACCCACACGACAAGCCAUACUGUUACCGUAACUGUGUCCAUCGAGGUGGGAGGCGCCUUUAAGGCUUUCUCUGCCAGUGCGUCGACCACAAUCUCAAAUUCUUGGGCGACAACCGACUCGACAACAUUCUCGACGUCUAAGACAGUUCAGCACAGCCUGACCCUGCCUCCCCGUACGACAAUUAUCCUCAAGCAGCUGAUUGGUCACUACGCGGGCGAGUUUGACGUCGGCGAUGACCAGUUCAUGAUCGAAGAAAUACCGCUGGAUGGCGGUCCUGCUCGCAGGCGAAUCGUUAGGAUCUCUCCCAGUGGCCAACAGUUUGAGGAACCAAACAAAUUGGCGAUGUGUUAGUAGAGGAACUACCGGAUGACCCGGAACUUCCUUGGCAGCAUUUUCAUAGAGCAAAACCAUUAUAUUAAUGUGUCAUUAGUAAAAUGAGAAUGAUACUAAUAAAGAUAUGUGAUAUUGUAUGAAAUUUCCUAGGAUUUUAAUGAAUAAAGGGAUCUUGGAAUGCAAAA